AAUAUGCCAAAAUUUUAAAAUGUGUAAAAUUCAUAAAAAAAUAAUGAAAUUUGAAAUUAUAAAUCGCUGUAAAUCUAAAAAUCUUAUUUGUCUCAAGCUUAUAAUAUAUUUUUCACGCGGAGAAAAUAAAUUUUUAUUUGGAAACGGUUAAAACUGUAAAUUAAAAAUAUGGCAACAAUAUGCAAAUACAGUAUAUAGCUGAAUUGCUAGUUAAUAGCUAAGGAAAUUUCAUUAAAUCAAAAUAUAACUUUUUACUGAAACACCGACUGUGUUAGUAAAAAAUCAACUCUUUAACACUCCCUUGCGAAAUCAGGUGCAUUUGGCCAUGCCAUUCUUUAUCGGAGACACGUCGAUGGCCUCAUGGUGGUCAUCAAACAAGUUCAGCUGACCGAGCUGGAAGCUACUGAACGCCAGCUGGCCCUUAACGAGGUUCAGGUCCUCGCCAGUCUCAACCACCCAAAUAUCAUCAGAUACAUUCGGAGCUUUGAAAGAGGAGGUUCGUUGCUGAUAGAAAUGGAAUACGCGGACGGAGGGACUUUGGCACAGUUGCUAGGGCCGCGGAAUACACCUCUCUCGGAAAGGGCCGUUUUGCAUAUUUGGUCGCAGCUGUCGUCUGCUCUGGCGCAUAUGCACUCAAGAGGCGUUUUACACCGCGACCUAAAAACAGCCAACGUUUUCCUGACGUCCAGUCUCCAAGUCAAAGUUGGCGAUUUCGGAAUAUCUAAAGUUCUGACGUCACGAGCACAGGCGCAGACGAUUUUAGGAACGCCUUACUACCUGAGCCCCGAGAUGUGCCAGGGACUCGAGUACGGUUCCAAAUCGGAUAUUUGGGCCUCGGGGUGUAUCCUGUAUGAAAUGAUGAGCUUGAGGAAACCGUUUGACGGGGAAAAUUUGCCUGCAUUGGUGGCCAGAAUAAUCGCGGGCAUGUUCGAGCCGUUAGACAGCAAGCAAUACUCGCAAGGGUUGCGAAGCUUGGUCGGAUCGAUUUUGCAACGCGAUCCUGAAAAGAGACCUUCGGCAGCGGAAAUUUGCGAAGAAUGGCUGCCACCGCUGCUGUUGGGCCUCUCUCGCCUGCGGCUUUCGAUUAGGAGGAGCCGAUCGGUGGUGUACAAAUGUGCGCCCACGAUGGAAACAAUAGAAGCGAUUCCCCUACCACCCACAUCCACCCUGGCUGACUUUUCAGCCGGACCUGCCCACUGUCUUGCAUUGACCACGGAGGGAGAUGUUUAUGAGUGGAAGGGAGAUGAGUUGCCUGUUGUGGUAAGGGACGUUCGAGAGCGACGAUUGAGCCUGGUUGCAGCUGGGUUGGGGUUCAGCAUUGUGGGCAGCGAAAGUGGCGUUUUAGUUUCCUGGGGCCAGGGACAAGAUGGGUGCCUCGGGCAUGGUGAUUUUGAAAAUCAGAACACGCCGCGGAUCAUAGAAAUUCUUUUAAGUGUCGGAAUAUCACAAGUGAGUUGCGGAGACGAUCACGUGUUAGCUUUGGAUGAGGACGGUUAUGUUUUCUGUUGGGGCCAAACGCAACUUGAUGGUGUGCAGAAAACGGCAACACCUGUAAAAGUUCAGGCAUUAGCCAAUGAGAAAUGUAAAAUAGUGUGUGCCAGCCAAAGCUGCAGUGCAGUUAUAGCUGAGGAUGACUCUAUUUGGGUUUGGGGAGACAACGAGGGAGACCGACUGGGAUUAGACAAGCCCGGGAUUCUCGGCUUCAAGAGUAAAAUUGUUAACACCACAACGCCGGUGAAACUGACAAUCAAGGCGAGGGAUGUUUCCAUUGGAAAGGAGCAAAUGGUUGCGAUCACGCCGGACAAUAGAAUCGUUCUUGUUGGAGGGCCAAAUAGCGGUCCAGUUCAGGGAAUCAAAGGACCGGUGAAACUAGCGGACAUUCUGUCUUCGGGAUAUAUCGCCGCCACAGACGACCAAGUCAUCUAUUACUGGAGCCGCCCUGAAAAGCCAGCAUCCUUAUUUUCUCUUAAAUUUUUCAAGACGGAAAAUGAAGAUGAGGGCCAAGAUAAAUUCGAACGUCCAAACGAAGUGCUGGCUGUCUACGGUCCUCGUCUUGGCGAUUUGCAAACCUCGGGCCAGAAUGUGUGGCUAGUGGUGCACACCGGCGCUCCUUUGCCGCCGGGCCACUCCACGGCCGCCCCUGAGUGGCUGCGCAAAGAAUUGAAAGACGAGUAAGACCGGAGCAGUGGCAAAUUCUGCGGCGAAAGGAAAAAAAUAUGCUUGGCCAGACACGAGUGGCGCAGGACAUAAAAGAGACCCACCGAGAAGGAUGAAAUUCAUUAAAAUUUAUAUACCGUCGUGAUUCAAAAUUGUGUUUGCCGUCAAUCGAUACAAAAGUACACAAGUGUUUGGUUCCCUGAAUUUAAUAAAAAAUAUUAUGCUUUUAUAAAACAAUGGCUUUUUACUUCA